CAUUUGCCGCCAUUUGCUCUCCGGCCGCGCGGGGGCGCCACUCGCACACUUGCAGUCGCAGUCGCCCGAAAAAAAAGGACAUUUCGCUUCGGCUUUUCGAGUUUCUCGCUUGCUCGUCCGCUCGCUUCGGACUCGUUUUCCAGCCCGAGUUUCCGAUACGAUUCCCGAUUCCGAUUUCGAUUCUUGGCCCCGUAGCUUCAGUCGGCCAAAAAGCAGCCUGCCAGUCGAAGGCUGCCCAGAACUCAGAACUCCAGUAUUCGGUACUCUCGAAUCCCAAGGAUUGCAGUCCCAAGUCUAACGGUACCGCAGUGCGUUUUUAUUACCGCCGCCUCCGCUGCUUAUAUAUAUAUAUAUAUCUAUAUCUAUAUGUAUAUGCGCACACGGACUCGCUGUUGUGUGCGUGCGGGGGGCGGGGGCAUGCGUGUGCGUGUGUGUAUGUGAGUGUGGGCGGUCGCGCGUGUUUAAUUAAUCAUAAAAUCUACGUUAGAAACCGCUAAAGUAAAAAGUAACUCGCCAAAAACAAAAACAAAAGAAAAAACAUAAAAACAAAUCUAAAAAACAAAAGCAAAAUAUUUAAGGAAAGAAGGAGAGGGGGUGUGAGUGCGGGAGGGAGAUGGCCAGAGCGGGGAGAUAAUGUGCAAUAAACUCGAUUUCGGAAUAAACUAACUCCUGUGACGAAUACUAACGCCCUCCUUUGCCGACGGCAUUCGUGAGAUACUUAAGCUGAAAAAUCAAGAAGAUGGUUACUCAAGGAUAGGAAAACGGGAGGAAAAGGAGAGAGAAGCGAUUUAAAUCAAGGAGCAGUCCAUGAGCAGACCUCGGCGGCAAUUGGGAUCAGGAGGUGAGCGCUUCCGAUCGAGAGGAUAAUGUGUUCAAUAUUUCGCAACCGCAUCAAUUACCGUGGGACUGGCGGCACCAGGAGCGGCAGCGGUGAGCGGGAGAGGGACCGGGAUCGAGACAGGGAACGGGAUCGUGAUCGGGAAAGGGAUAGAGACGCCCUGCUGGCCAAGGAACUGGAUGCGGAUAGCAAUAACAAUGGCACCGAGCCCCAAAUGGAAACGGAAACGGUGCCGGAAUCCGAUACGGAAAGGGAAAUGGCUGAAGAGAACGGCGAAGAUCAGGAAUUGGAGAACAGCAAUGAGGCUCUGGACCUAUCGCUGAUCUCGUCCAGCGGCCGGGAAUCGCUGCCGGGCAGUGGUCACGUCUCGCUGGAGGCUCUACAACAUACCAAAGUGGCGGUGGCCCAGUUCGCGGCCUCUGCGAUGGCGGGCAACCAUCAGCCCGCCGAUCUGGCCAUGGUACAGUCCACCAUCUUCAAUGUCCAGCGGCAGCAUCUGAUGCAGCUGCAGCUCAUCCAGCACCUGCAGAGUCAAUUGAAAAGAGCCGAGGCAGCCGCCUUGGGCAGGCAAUCUCACAGUGACGAGGAGGAGGACGAGCCGGAGCCCAAGAAGCAGCCUACCAAUGGCGAAAAGACGGAAGAGGAGGAGGAGGAACCGGAGCAGAGUCCCGACUUAGAGCAGGAUGUAGAGCCGCGUCGGGAGGAGAAUUCAAAGACUGACAAGAGAGGAACUGAGGACAGAAAGGCGGAGCCGGAGAGCUACCAACCCAUGAUGUGCGACAUCAGCUCGAGCCUGGCCUCGAGCAUCAUCACCAACCACGAUCCCCCGCCAGCUCCCAACGAGCCCAACUGCCUGGAGAUGCUGCAACGCAGAACAGAGGAGGUCCUCGACUCUGCUUCCCAGAGUUUGCAUGCUGCCCAGAUGCAGGAGGAGUACUCGGAGUAUGCCUCCAAAGAAGCUCAAAGUCGCGGUGAGAUUUUCAAGCAUCGCUGCAAGUACUGCGGGAAGAUCUUUGGCAGCUACUCGGCUCUCCAGAUCCACCUGAGAUCGCAUACUGGGGAACGUCCAUUCGUUUGCAAUGUCUGCGGGAGUAAGUUCACCACGAAAGGCAAUCUGAAGGUCCACUACCAGCGUCACACGCAGAUCUUUCCACCCAUGCUGCUGCCACCAGGAGUAGCGCCCAACAUGGGGCAUUCGGGUCAGGGUCAGGCUCAGGCCGAGCAGUAUCCCAUUCGGCUGCCUUUUGUGCCUCCAGUGGCACCAGCAGGUCAGGAGCAGGUUCAGCAGCAGGUGGAAGACCCGGAGGAGAUCAGGCAGGAGAUCCCAGUGCAGCAGGCAGAAGAUCUCAGCAAGCCGGCGGUGAAGGAGAAGGAGAAGUCCCACUCUCCCGUGGAGCGUGUCAAGACCCCCAAAGAGGUCAAGCCAGAGGUUCAGCAGCCGUCACCAGAGAAGCCUGAAAAGGAGGUCUCCAAGCCGGCGGUAACCCCAUCGCGACGAAAUGGUUCUGUUCGCAAGCGCCAGACAAGCAGUGCUGGGAGUCCUCCUCAAGAGGACAGGGAACGAGAUCUCGCCGAGCACUUGCACAUUGCCAAGCUGGUGAGACGAUCCUCAUCCAGCAGGGAAUCUCAGCCGGCGGAGUACUCCCUAGCCCAAAUGGAGCGCAUCAUUGACAAGUCCUGGGAGGAUCUGAUUGAGAUCGACAAAACCUCGGAGACGUCGAAGCUGCAGCAGUUGGUGGACAACAUCGAGAACAAGCUGACCGACCCCAACCAGUGUAUCUUCUGCCAGAAGGUCAUGUCCUGCCGCAGCUCCUUGCAGAUGCAUAUCCGGACUCACACUGGCGAGCGUCCAUUCCGCUGCAAGAUCUGCGGCAGGGCCUUUGCCACGAAGGGCAAUCUGAAGGCCCACAUGAGCAUACACAAGAUCAAGCCGCCGAUGAGGAGCCAGUUCAAGUGUCCUGUAUGCCACCAGAAGUUCUCCAAUGGCAUCAUCCUGCAGCAGCACAUUCGCAUCCACACCAUGGACGAUGGUAGCGGCGGGCAGGGAGCUCCUCCCGGAAAUCCUGGCGAGGCUGAACGGUUAGGUAUCGAAGAUCAAAACUCAAACAAGUCACUGGGAACUUCGGACACCCUGGAUUUCUCCACCACCAUUUCGGAUCACUCCGGUCAGAGAUCUGAGUCUUCGCAGGGUGGAGACUUCGAUGAGUUCAUGACCAUGGACAGUACUGAUGACUCUAGGGACAACUCCAGUGCCGCCACAGCCACUCCUCAUCCUCUGGAAAGGGAAAGGGACAGAGAGAGGGAACGAGAACGAGAACGGGAGCGAAGGCUUCCCAAUGAUGGCUCCGAUGAGAGAUCUCAUUCGAAUCCCGAUCUGGCCGGUGGACGCAGCGAGAGUGGGGAAAUGCCCGCCAUGGAUCUCUCCUCGCCAUCUUCAGCCUCUGGUCGUAUCUUUGGAACUGGUCUGGCAAAUGGAGCUGCUGGCGGAGGAUCCGGAAGCGGGGGCCUUCCCAUGCUCGGAAUGCCCAUGCCUCCGAAUCUCCUGCUCAUGGCAGCUGCCCGCGAAGAGAUGCAUGCUCUAGGCCACGCCCACGCCAAGUUUCCCCUGCUGCCCUUCGGUCCACUUGGAUUUAUGGGUCUGCACCCGCCCCCCAAUGUGUGCAAUCUCUGCUUCAAGAUGCUGCCCAGCCUGGCCGCCUUGGAGAGCCAUCUGCAGAGCGAACAUGCCAAAGAACCGGCGACGGGCCACGCCCACCGCCCACACAGCAGUGAUGCCGGAUCGCCGUACGGUGCCAAGCUCACUCUCAAUCCAAAUCUGUUUGCAAAGAAGCCGCCUUCGUCGUUGCCGUCGUCAGCGGGUGACAAGUUGCCGGAGCCAGCAGCCCAGCCCUUUCCCACUGAGAACCCCCCAGCGACGCCCAUCAAAGAGGAUCCCGAUCAGGAGCCAUCCAUGGUGGAAGAGGGUGCUUCGGCUGGAGAAGGAUCUGGCACUGGAGCUGCCUCGAGCUAUCCCCAGGAAGCAGGUGAUGCUGAGCAGUCCCUGAUGAAGAUGCAGCUCCAUGCCCAUCGCUUUCCCGCCAGUCCUCUUGACUUUCAGCAGGCCCUGAUGUCCGCAGGUCCUCCCACUUCCAGCUUGGAUCCUCCGGUGAAUAACAAGCACUUCUGCCACGUCUGUCGGAGGAACUUCAGCUCCAGCUCCGCUCUUCAGAUUCACAUGCGCACCCACACCGGGGACAAGCCCUUCCAGUGCAAUGUGUGCCAAAAGGCCUUUACUACCAAGGGGAAUCUCAAGGUGCAUAUGGGCACUCACAUGUGGACGAAUCCGACUUCGCGGCGAGGUCGUCGAAUGUCCUUGGAGCUACCCAUGCGUCCUGGUCCCAACUCGGGCCAAGGUCAUCCCGGAUCAAGUGCUGAACAAGAGUUCAUGCAACGACGGCCGGAGCUCUUCUUUCCCUACCUACCACCCUUCUUUAACGGACUGCCACCAAAGCCUGGUGAACUAAGUCCCAGCGCCUUUCCCAAUAUUCCCCCGCCGCCCUUCGCCAAUGGCGGGAAGUAUCCUUAUCCGCCCGGACUAUUGGGCUUUCCAGGAUUUCUCGCCCAACAUCCCUAUGGACUAGAGCGGAGGAGCAGCAGCAAGUCACCCACGCCAGAGCCAGCCCAGAGUCCUUCUCUCAGGGAGGACGAAGGUUCCGGCAAUAUCUGGCAUCCACUGAGUCGCAUUAAGGUGGAGAACAAUCAAAACGAGGGCUUGGGCGGAUUCAACGAGCAGGAGGAUCAGGCCGAGGCAGAGGCGGAGGCCACUGGAGGAGGAGGCGACAACGAGGAGUCGGAGUCUAGAGAUGCGGAGAAGUAACUGAUGAUGAGAUCUUAGUCUUGGAACACACAUGGUUUUUGUGGAGUACAUAUCUUGAGCAUUACCCUACGCUAAGCUUCAACUAGCACUGACACGAACUCAAACACCCAACCCCCCAAACUCACACACACUUAUACGAAUAUAUCCUUUGUGUCUAUACAUAUAUAUAUAUAUUUAGAUAUAUAUAUAUAGUACGGUUAAUUGAUAGCGAUCUUCAAGGCAUUUAAAUGCAUUAAGUUUAGCCGGUAAGUUGUAAAAAUAGCAGAUCGAGGAAGGAACUUGGAGGAGUCUCCAAGAGAGUCUCCUCAACCGGAUCAGGCAGGCUGCGAGGUCAGAACUUAACUAAUUUUAUGGCUAUACCUAGAUAUAUUUAAAAACAUAUACCGAUAAAUACACGUAAUGUAAACUGUGGUAGUUGCAUAUAAAAACAAAAAUUGAAAUCUAAAACCGAAAACCGAAAAAAACCGCGACAAAAAUGAUCAAAAAUAAA